GAAAAUUUCAGUUGUCGGCUCCUGAAUUCGGAAGUUAUCUUGGGAGAAACAAAUGGUGCAAGUGUCAUAGACUGUCCUCGUUAUACAAUCUUUUUAAGGGAACAUGAAGAUUUUAAUCCCCCUAGUGCUGUUCAUCACAGCCUCCAAUGGAUUCGGAGAUAGGUUGUGGAAGAGGCAAGUAGUUGCUUACACCUCCAACGUUGCCCAUAAAGACCCCCAGUAUCCAGACCAAAGCGCCAGGAGCACCGUCAGCGUCUCCUUCAACACAAACCACCAGCAGGACCUUAAGAAGACUCCUCGUUACACUUCUUCAUUCCAAAAGUCGCCUACCUUUGACCACCCGUUACCUACGCCAGUUUUCAGGAACACCCAAAUCGCCACUGUACCUCAUGGUGACAACGGCAACACUCAGCUCUUCAAUGUCGGCUACAGUGUCAGGUUCCAAGGAAAGAGCACGCCCAUACAACGAGACGUCCCGAGCUUUAUGAGACCGAAUUUGGACAAUGGAGAAAUUAUAACCGGCACCAGAAAGGCCAACGAACAAGUCAGCGCCCCACAAGCCAUGGAAUCAACUCAACAGUUGACGGUCAACAGUUUGGAUGAAAAGAAACACAAACUGUCCGGCAUUAAACCCAAACCGAAAUUCCAAAUCCCAUUAGGCAAACCCGAAAAAGUUUACCUAGCCCCCCAGACUCAAAAGUACUUGAAACAACUCGAACAAGGCACCAAACCUUUGUUCAAAUCCACUGAGGACGCCAAGAAAUACCACGACCAAACUUACUCCUGGAGAAACCUGGGACCGUCGGUGGAGAUCAUCAGAAGCAGUGAGAUUCCCUCAACCAGCCAGGAAUUUGAUCAUUCUUCCGCGUUGGGGCGCAGCCAAAGUUUCGACUUCUCCAACGGCGUGGAUAUUAAUCAGCCGUCCGCAACUAGCUCAUACCCUUCCUUCAACUACCAAUCCAACACGCAACAGCAAUUCCUACCCCCCAUUUCCACCAAGGUAGAAACUAAACCACUGCUCUUCAGCCAAAUUCCCACAACAACACCCCCAGUUAAUCAAGGCGUGGCGAAAUUCCCCCUCGACACGAGUUUACUGCGAGAUCCUUACGUGACAACGAACAUCAACAACGUGCCAAAGACUACCAACGUCGUUCCGAUUCACUUCAACGUCAGACCUUUGGAGGAGGUCAUGAAGAACCACCUUCAGGCCGCUAAAAACAACUUGGAACAAACCAUUGUUCAAUCUACGCCAGAGUAUUACCAAAACCCUAUUCCACAACCUCAGCCCUACUCGCAGUAUGCCCAAAACGUCCAAUACAACCAACAAGUCAGAUAUGAGGUACCCCAAAGCCCGAUCUAUCAGACCUUACACAAAGAUGAGUCACAGGAGUACGAACAACAACACCACCAAGAAGAGGACUCGUACUUGAGCUACGGACAGCAGGAUCAGAAGUACCAGAACUACGACAGUCAAGAACAGGUCUAUCAUCAAGAGUACAACCAAAAUCAAAACAAACAGCAAUAUAAAAUUUAUGGCAAACCGAAACCUUUGAAGACGGUGACUGUUAAGUACAGCCACAAAGGGCACAACAAAGAUAUCCACAGACAACCCAGGAUUUUACCUAAUCCGUACAAAAUGGUGUUGUCUUUGAGGCCGCCUCCCGCCAAACACACGCAGAUACAAAGAAAAGUACUGGUUAAUUAUUAUUAGAUUUAAAUUGAUUUUUAGGUUCGUCUGAUACUUCUUUUAGAAAACUGUU